CUGGGCAAGAACGAACCCGGGGGUGGGUUUCCUUCUCCCCUCGCCCGUCCUCCUCCUCCUCCAUUGCACCGCCUCCGGCUCCCGGAGCAGCUAUUGGCGCUUCUUGCAUGAUCUAUUGGUCAAAAUUUCUUCUGCAAAGGCAGAGGGAGAACGUUUGGAUUAGUUAGCACUGGGCAACCACAGCUGCCUCUCAACACAGAGAAAGACCCAUACAGGCUCUGUUAUGAUCCGAAUUCAUGUCCUGGAGGAAAAGGCUUUUGUGUGGAAUUCCAGUGAUGCACAGCGUAUCCGAGAAGAACACCGCAUUGUUGGUACACUGGUUGGGGCGCUGGCUCGGAAGCCACAGCAGAAUGCGAGGCUGGGCCUUCCCCUCCAGUUGCUCCCAGAAGAGACCCGGCUGUUGGCAGAGAAGGGGGUGGCGACCUUGCUUAAAAACCUGACUUUACAGCCCCUGGCAGAUGAUGCAGGCCAGGAUCCCUUGUUCUUGGAGGCUGUGGCUGCCUACGAAAAGGAGCAAGAGGAGAGCUAUCAGGAGCAACUCAGACUUGCUGGUGAACAAAGGAAGGCCUUGAUGGGCACUCUGGCUGAACGCAUAGCGGAGGGUCGGGCAAAGAAACGGCAACGGAGAGGGGAAGAAGCAAAUCCUCUGUCAGAACCUGCAGACCUGGAACCUCGUUUUGUGUUUCCCCGGGAAGCUAUGAUGGUCCAACUCCCAACAGAGCGGACCCAACGAGGACAAGAAGAGGAGGUGGACUGGCGUUUGCCCUCCAAAGAGUGGCCAUACAGUGGACAACCAGAGCACGAGAUGCGUUACCGUGUUUUCCAGAACCUUUGGGAACGAGGCUACUAUAUCACCAGUGGGAGCAAAUUUGGGGGCGACUUCCUUGUUUAUCCAGGUGACCCCAUGAGGUUCCAUGCCCAUUUUAUCGCCCUCUGCAUGCCUCGAGAUGCGCCCCUCUCCUUAUGUGACAUCAUCAGCGUGGGACGGCUUGGCAGCAAUGUCAAGAAGACGGUUCUUCUCUGCUCUGUGGACGAGGACGGGACUGUGGCAUACACAUCUUUGCAGUGGAGUGGGAUGCAGUGAGAACAGACUGGCUGUCAUUAACGUGUGCUAAGACUGCUGAGGUCUUGCUGUGUCAUUCCAACAAGUGAGGGGUUCGUGUUCCUCAUCCAAGGCUGCCCCAGGCUGCCUUGCCUCAUAAGCAGUCCUUAUUCAACAUUUCAACUGCAGAAGCAGUUGCAAUAAUUCUUAGCCGUUCUAGAGGCAGCUGCAGAGCGUGGAGUGGGGUAGGAGCGCUCCAUAUCUAGAAAGGGAUAGAUUGUGUUUCUGCCAGGCUGCCACCGACAUCCUUGGCCACAGUAUGAAAGUAACAUCUCUUUUUAGCCCUGCCUUGUCUCUUUUACCUGCUCAGAGCUGAGAGGGCAGGGAAUAUUAUCUGGAAACAAAAGCAGUUCUCGCCUUAGGUGGCCAACACAAUGAAGUAAUUCCAACUGUGUAGUACUAUGCUAAUAUGUUUUUUAUUACUUUAAAGUACAAUAAUUGUGCUGUUAUACACUUCAUAUCCGCUUCAGGGAACACUAACAUGAUAAUCAACACGGAGGUACCCAUUGAGUCUGUACACCCAAAGGGCUAAAUUCCAGUGCCCUACAGUGGAAAAAGUUCCAGUGGUACCGAAAGCUGCACUGAAGUCUCUUCCAAAUCUGAUAAUGAUGGGUAGGGUUUCUGAAAAUAUGGGAGUUCACUGCAGCUUUUUGGUACUACUGGAACUGUUUCCACCUGAAGCCCUUUGGAUCUAUACAAGCACAACAGACACUCUCCUUGUUGACUGUCAUGUUAUCGUUCCCUGUAGUGAUUAUGAUGUGAAUAAUGACACAAAUAUUGUAUUUUAAGGAGAUAAAAACAUUGUAUUAUAUGCUACAUAGCUGAAACUACUUCACUGUAUUGGCUCUUUACAGCUGUGGUUUCUUUGGUUUGUUCAUGUGGUCAAUAGUAGCUCUCUUUAUUUUUACGAUACAAAUAUGGGGUAUCAGAUGAGCCCUUCUGCCAGCAAGACAGAUGCUUCUUUGAGGGCCAGGCCUGCAGGCAGCUAAGCAGCUCAGAAGGUGCACAGAACCACAUAAAAGAGUCUGGCAGAAGGGACCAAUUGCAAAUAAUUUAUUUGAUUAAAUGCAAAUCUUCCUGUU